CUGACGCGCCGUGCAUCCUUGGCUGUUGCAGUUGAAAUCGGCUUCGUAGUGGAAGAAGGCUUCGAGACAACUCCGGGACGUUACCACCAUGGAGGCAUUUCGAACCCUAACGUUAUAUUUUCUGUUCAUCUUAAUUAUUUGGAAUGUACCAUGUUCCCAGUCUGCUGCUAUCAUAUCUCCAUCUGUGCCGUGGAGACACAAGGGAACCCGGAUCCAUCAUGACGGACAAAGGUCAACCAAGUUUCUCAAAGAGAUAUUCACAUCCUCUCCCGUUUUGAGCCACCCGCGAGAGGACUUUAAAGACGCUAUUGUGCCCCACGAUUACAUGCUUUCUAUAUACCGGACUUACUCUGCGGCGGAGAGACUCGGACUUAACGCCAGUUUUUUCCGCUCCUCCAAGUCUGCAAACACCAUAACAAGUUUUGUGGACAGAGGAAAAGACGAUCUCUUGCACUCUCCUUUGCGAAGACAAAAGUAUCUGUUUGAUGUCUCAACCCUCUCAGACACAGAGGAGCUGGUCGGGGCGGAGUUAAGGAUAUUUAGGAAAGUGCCCGGGGAUUUCCAAACGUCCCCGACAGGUCUCUAUGACAUCCAAUUAUCCUCCUGUCGAUCAGAGAGUCUGCUGGAUUCCAGAUCCCUUGAUCCCCUGGAUUCCAGAAAAGCAGGAUGGGAGGUUUUGGAUGUGUGGGAAAUGUUUAAGAGCCGACCCCCCUCUGGCCAGGGCAGCCAGCUUUGUCUCCAACUCAAGGUCACGCUGGGCAAAUCAAAAACGGAAAUCGACUUGAAACAGUUAGGAUUCGACAGAGCCAAUCGAAGCCAACAAGAGAAAGCUAUACUGGUGGUGUACACCAGGUCAAAAAAAAGAGAGAAUCUGUUCAACGAAAUGAAGGAGAAGAUCAAGUCGCGCGGUUCGGGGCGAUUAGAGGAGGAGAAGGGCGUGCAGUUGAAAGCGCGCCGCAGACGGAGGACAGCGCUCAACAACAGACACGGAAAGAGACACGGCAAAAAGUCAAAAUCAAGAUGCAGCAAAAAGGCACUGCACGUGAACUUCAAAGAGCUCGGUUGGGACGACUGGAUCAUCGCUCCGUUGGAUUACGAAGCGUACCACUGCGAGGGCGUUUGUGACUUCCCCCUGAGGUCGCAUCUAGAGCCAACCAACCACGCCAUCAUUCAAACUCUCAUGAAUUCCAUGGACCCCAACAGCACACCUCCCAGCUGCUGUGUGCCCACCAAGCUCAGCCCCAUCAGCAUUCUCUACAUAGACUCGGGUAACAAUGUUGUCUACAAACAAUACGAGGAUAUGGUGGUGGAGCAGUGCGGCUGCAGGUAGCGCCUCGCUUUGACCUCAAUUUUGAGAUCUCAACUCAAAUCAAAGAUGGGUCAUGAAGUCCCGAUGGACACAUGAGAGUUUGGCAAAGCUUUUUUUAAAUGCAGGACCGUGUGUUUGUCAUAUAUGGGCCUACAAUGUGGGGCGUAAUCUUUAUUCAAAAGGGAUCCGAAAGGCAAUAUUUGCAAUAUUUAUUUGGCAAUUUCAAACUCAUAACAACCACAUCACGGUUGCUUUAAAUGGCCUAAUCGUGUGCGUAAAUCUGACACGCUUAUUAUUCCACCAUUCAACAAAUAUAUACAUCGACAAUAGCCUGUUGUUUGGAAGUCGUAGAUAGCGGCGACCUUGCGCUACCACGCAUCCUUUGGGCAACAUGCUGGACAAAAAAGAAAAGCACAGCAAGUGGCCUGAAAGAGGUUCAGAGACGCACCUGUUUGGACCGGGGAUGGAGAACACGGGACAGUCUGUUGUGCAUUGUUACUUCUCGGACAAGGACUCAUUUGGGUGUCUCCAUAAUUGCUCUGGCCCAGCUGGAGCUAUUGCGCUCUCUUGAUGCGUUAUCAAUAGGCUCUCGAGGCCGUCCGUCGAGAAGGUGAAUGUGAUCUACCAAACACAGAGAUAUAGUGGGAAGAUGGGAAAGUGCGCGAGAGGGGUGAGAGAUAUAUAGAGAAAGAGAGAAUGCGGUGGGAUUGCGAGAACAUUUCCCUAUAAACGCGAUCUGCAUCUUCCGAGUGCAGCGCGCGCUCACCUUGCACCGACGGAGUUAAACGAAUGCAAGAUGUGCGUGUGAUGUGGACUUAAAGGUGUGUGUGAGAGGGAGACAUGGACCCGGGGCUAGAGACGAUUAUCAUAAAUGUUGACUGUACGGACACGGGCCAAGUCCUGUCUGCUUGUGAACACUGUGUUUUGGAUCCGGUUGCAAACGGCACCGAGGGACUCAAGGAAACAUCAGCCUCAUUAUCAAGGCGAACUCAUGCUCAAAUCUGCAUCUUUACGAAAUGCACUUCACAACUGACUGCGCAAAUGUCGAUAAGUCAGGAAGAAAGUUGUUAUAUUUCUGCGUUAAACUGACAAGAACAAACGAUUUGAUAUUUAAAUGCACAUUAGCUUGGAAUGCACUGCUGUUCGUUAUUUGAUGUGUAAAUAUUUGUAUAGUCAAAAACUAUACAAGUGCAACAAAUGGAGAAAUGAGAAAAAGGCAUUUCUUUGUAAAUAUACAAAUGCACUCAAAUCGUUUUAAUUUCUAUUCUAUAAUUAUUUUAUUAUUUGUGAUGUACAGAGUUUCAUGAUAAUCAUAUAAUUCCUACAUUGAUAAGAGUAAUUUAAGUUGUGUUUAAUAUGUUUGCAAAGGGUGGAAUACCAUUAUUGAUGUCUACCUCAUAUUAGAGUUCUAGGUUCUGAGUUUUGAGGUGCAUUCAAUUAGAGGGUUCAGUUCUUUUACAAUGAUAUAUAAAAUCAUACGUUUAUACAUAUAUUAAUGGAUAAUAUUCCACACCAUUACUGUACUAAUAAAAUGCAA